AUGGACCAGUACCCCUUCGGCGACGAGAACGCGGUCCAUUUGGAGAUGCAUCUCCCUGGAUUUUCCGAAAGCCAGGGGCUGGUCUGUAGCGAGGCCCUCAACCACGAUUUGUGCCUAGAUGCGAAAGACGUGAUGUACGGGGGGCUGAGCGGCUUGGAUGUGGUGCCUGACCUUCCAGCCGCGGAUGCGGCCAGCGACGCUCUGGAGGCCGAUUUAAACGUGCUCUCUCUGUACCCGGCGAAGGACUGCCACUCUGUUCAGCUCCUUGAUGAGUCUGACUCGCGGCCCUCGCAGCACGAGCCGGGGCUUCCCACGCCAACGGGACCGGAGGAGGCUGGAGGAGGAGGAGGAGGAGGCGGCAGCGGCAGAUCCGCAGGGAGAGGAAAGCGUCCCCUCGGCUUUCCUCGGACCUCGCUGCCGGGCUGCAGCCGCUGCGGGAAGGUGUUCGGCAGUGCCAGCGCUCUCAGCAAACACUGCCUGACUCACAGCCAGAAACGGGAACACGUCUGCACCGUCUGCAGCAAGGCCUUUAAGCGGCCGGACCACCUGAGCGGACACAUGUUGACGCAUCGGAAAAUAAAACCUUUUGUGUGCCCGGAGCGAGACUGCGAUAAGAGUUACUGCGAUCACCGUUCGCUGCGCCGGCAUUAUGAACUGCAGCACAGCUUGUGCCGCUUGAAGGAGGCUCCGAAGGAAGGUGCCGGGGGGGAAUCCCCGCUUCUUCCUGGUCUGUAUAUCCAAGGCAGCGGGAAAUCGGUGGACAGACUGACUGCGCGCUCAGAGUCGGGCUCUUUCCCACCCGAAAGAGACCUGCUCGGGUGCGCUGCGAACAGCUUUGCGAACCAGAAGCUUCCUUUGGCUGCCUUGCCCUCCGCAGAGCACGCAGGUGCUGCCUGGACAGAUUCCUCCCCAGCGAGCCAGGCCUCUUGCCUCACAUCUAACAGCAGUGGACUUUCGGAGGCUGCAGGAGGCAAUACAUCGAAGGAUCGCCUCUCUUGCCAAAAGAGCGCUGCUUCUUCCGACGUCUGUGCCGUAAUAAAUCCCGGCAACGUGUCUGUGAUCGCGCCGGGUGAGAACGUAGUUACCAACCUGACCAGCAGGUCUUUUAUUUCAGAAGCCCAGUUCUCCUCGGAGCCCGCGGGGCUGCAGUGUUGUCCCGACGGCGCCCUGCCUUGUUUUCCUGUGUUCGGAGGGCAGAAGCUGUCUGCAAACCAGUCGAGCAGUAACUUUCAGUGGAUAAGGAACGUGCCGGUUUGUGCUAAACCCAAAAGGGAUAGCGUCUGCCUUGCCCGCAAGCUGCCUGUCGCAGCGCAGGGUGUUUCAGAGGGGUUCGCCGGACCUUCCUGCACCUUCUCGGCUGCGUACGAGUGUCCGGAUGCCUUGUCUUUCCCCGUUGCACCUUUUAAAGCUGAAGAGGACGCGCCGAGUGAGUCGGCCCUCGGUUGUUUCGAGGAAGCCUUUCAGUCGGCGAAAACCCACGACUCCCACCUGUGGGAGAACGCUGGGGAGUUGAGUUUUCCGGAGGUUUGGAAACGCGGUGCGCUGCAGAGCGAGACCAGGCAGCUCUUCCCGAAACCCCAGGAGCCUGCUGAGUGCCCGGAGCCGCUGCAGGUGCAGCAGCACCUCUUCCGGGUGAUCACCAAGUCUCAGCAGGUCCUGUCUCACUCCCGGGCGCUGGCUCCGUCCCUGCUGGCGGCUCCCGAGGCCAAGCACCUGCCAGCAAACCCCCUCCAAGCGGGGUUUCAGCAGCCGCCCCCCUUGGCUCCCCAGCUUCCGCAGCCGACGGAGUACGAAGGGCCUUCCACGUACCUCCAAAAGGCUGUACCCCAGUUCCAGGGCGUUUCCUCGGACGGGGAGAAACAAGGACCGCAGGCAGCCCCUGCCUUUCAGUCCCCCAUGAAAGAACACGGGGGAUUAAGAGACUCUUCUGUUCCUAGCCAGCUCCAGUAUGGAACGCGUGGAAGUGCCGUGGGAAGCCACUCUUCUGGGAGGUCGAAUCAGCUAGAAAACAAGGCUUCUGCAUUUAAAAAAGAGAAGAGUAAAGAUCGUAGCACAGAGACGGGCGGGAAACCGCCGGCGGGUGCUGGCCGGUCUUGGCGUCUGCCUGCCGUCCGCAGGGAGAGGCUGACUUUUGGCCUGAGCUGCGCGGCUCCCCCCAGCCAGGUGGCCAUGGCGUCCUUCUCGUCGGCUCCUGCGGCCGGGGGCACGCGCAGGCUGACCAUUUUCAACAGGAUUCAAGGUGGAAAUAUCUACAGCCUCACGAACGCAGCAGAGGAAGACAACUUGUCAGCUGGGUGCAAUAAGAGCGGUGCUGCUCCUACUGAUGGCAGCAGCGGUGAAGGCGGCUUUCUCCGCAAGGACUGCGGUCAGCUGUUUUACACCGAGAACGGUCUAGAGAGCCACGGGUGUUUUCGUGGCGAACAAUGGCAUCCACCACAAAGGAAGGAGGAACAGCAGGUGUGCGAUGCCGGAGACGUAAACGCUCAGGAACUGUCGCUCCAGGCGGCAGGAGGUGGAAACUGUCCCUCAAAACCCGAGGUGCCUUUAGAGGACGUAACAGCGGCUCCGCUCGUGAUUCCUGUCUCGGUGCCGGUGACGGCUGCGAACUCGCAAGGAGGGAACGAGGUUACUGAAAAGGAAAGCCCGGAUGGGAAGGACCUCAAAGAAAUCUUGCACCAGAGAAAGAGGCAAACGCGGCCAAAAUCACUCUUUAUCCCACCUCCGCCGGCCCCUGAAGCCCAGCCGGGGAUGGGAGGGUGUUACCAGAGUAACCUUCGUUCGCCCGUGUUCCUGGUGGAUCAUCUGCUGAGAGACUUGUUCCAGCGCUCUCCUUACACGCCGCCUCCGAUGCUCAGCCCCGUGCGGGAGGGAUCAGGCCUCUAUUUCAGCACUCUCUGCUCUUCCUCUGCUAACGGUGAUCCCAACCAGCUGUUCACUGCUGUAUUAGGCAGAAUGGACGGGGACUUUGGAUUUUGUCUGAUGAAGGAUAACACCAAAAUCAGCAUUCAGCCGCACAUCAACGUUGGAAGCCGAUUUCAGGCGGAGGUGCCGAACCUCCGGGAUAGAUCACAGUUGGGAAAGGAUGAACAGGCAGCGUCGCUGGUGUGGAAGCCCUGGGGAGACAUCGCAACUAACCCGGAAACACAGGACAGAGUAACAGAACUGCUCAACAUGGCCUGCUCCAGCGUCAUGCCGGGGGGAGGAACGAACCUAGAGCUAGCCUUGCAUUGUCUGCACGAAGCACGAGGCAAUGUUCUGGAGGCUCUGGAGAUGCUGCUUUUUGGGGCGCCUCAGAAAUCUGAAUCCCAUCCUCUGGCUAAUUAUCGUUACGCAGGUUCAGAUACUUGGACGCCUCUCGAGAAGCAGUUGUUUAGAAAGGCUUUUUGCGUACACAAGAAGGAUUUUUACCUGAUCCAGAAGAAGAUUCAGACUAAGAAUGUGUCCCAGUGUGUUGAAUAUUACUAUAUCUGGAAAAAAAAAAUUAAGUUUGACUACAGUCGAGCUCAAGUAAUAGCAAAAAAGGUCAAGAGAGACAAGGAUGAGGUGGAAGAGGCUGAAGAAAAGGCUGUUUGCAGCCCGAAGAAGAGGCACCGUCUUCUGCCUAAGGAAAGCAUGAAGAUAAAGCAGAAGAGUCAUAAAAAGAUGCCCUGCAAUCUGCGUGAGUCUUCGUACCAGGCUGGAAGUGCCGACGAUGGGGGCGUAUUUCCCUGUAGAGAGUGUGAAAGGGUGUUUGACAAGAUAAAAGGUAGGAACGCUCAUAUGAAAAGCCAUCGCCUGCAGGAGCGGGUAGAGCCUCUCGUGAAGAUUACGUGGCCCUUGAAGCAUUUUAAAAGUGAGGCAAAGAUGGAAGAAACCCAGAUGCUGACCUCCUCGAGCGGUAACUGGGAAACUGUGAUUUCCGAGCAGCAACGAGGUUAGUUUCCUCUGCUUAGAAAAAAAGACAUAAACCUUCUCUAGCAUCGGAGCGGUGGCUGAGCUCUGAGGAGGAUUAGACGACAGGAGGUUGCCCCCGCUCUUCAGGCUAAUCCGUCAGGAGCACAGCAGCGGUCGUGCCAACGCUGAAAAGCCGCCUCGGCUUUUCCUGCCGUGGAAAAGCGCUCGGUGAGGCUGCCGAGAACGUUCGCUAAAGGGCCUCUGGAAGAAAAGCCGCGACUUUGUGUGUGUAGGGUGUUUUAAAAACUUCCUUGGGUUUUCUCAGCGGUUAGCGCCAAUGGCUGGUGUCGAGUUUGACAGAAAGGGAUGUGAAGGCACCGAAUGUUCCUGACUUGUAUCAACACGGCAAAGACGUGUGCUAAAUGAGGUACGCGUGCCUGGCAUUGAGUUACAAUUAUGCAUGGUUGGGAAAAUACGCAGCUGUCAGUGGCUGUGAAAUAGCUGUUGUACAAAUACUAGAAGCUCUUGACUUCUGCUUUUGCUUAAAGAAGUCCUUUGCCUCCAUUUAAAAGGAAAGUUGGCUGCCCUUGGCCCUCACUUCUUGCUAUCAGUUUCGGGGUUUGGUGUUGCUAGAAAGAAACAGAACAGGGAAAUCAAUGGGAAAUUGUCAUCAUAUUUAAUAUCUUGGUUUGCCAUAAAGGGAUAGUCAUGCACAGCAUUUCAGAUCUCGACCAUAGCACUCUUCUGAUCCAAGUAAGGUUUGGUUUUGGGGGUUUUUUAAAUGUGUUUUCUACUUAGCUUAGUAAACUGGGUUCUUGAAUAGCAGGUGUAAAAGUUCUUGGACUGCUCUUGCUGGUUAUGCUAUAAAUAAUUAAAUAGUUAAAGCAAAGUUCGUUACGCUUGGUUGGUGGCGCGGACACGGCAUGCUACCUGCACAUCAGUCUCGAAAGAAGAACCUGGGCACGUGCUUCCGCGGGCCCAG